UUACAGCAAACUGACAGACUGGGAGAGAGAGAGAGAGAGAGAACGCACAUAAUACUGAUACUUAUCGGAAGAAAACCUAUAACCCGCCUCAGCUUGCGGACGAUGAGGGAGGGAUGCUGGCUGCAGCAUGGGAGAGAAAUCCCCUCAUCCGGAGUCGGAGCGCUAAAUCAGCACGCGCCCUACUGACUAAAUAGGCUCGCGUGAAAAAAGAAAAGAAAGAAGAAAAGAGAGAGAGAGAGAGGGGGUAAGGAAGUAUGUUCCGAGGAUGAUUUCAGCUAAGAAAACUCCGGAGAAAAGCCGUUAUCGCCUCCAUUAUCUGGUUUGGCAGAACAAACCCCGGCAGUUGGAGAAGGAGCUCUCAGCCGGCGAGCAGGUGGACGUGGAGGUGCUAGACCCACGGGGUCGCACUCCUCUGCAUCUGGCUGUGACCCUCGGUCACCUGGAGUGUGCUCGAGUGCUGCUGCACUAUGGCGCUGAUGUUAGCAAAGAGAACAGCAACAGCUGGACAGUUUUGCAGGAAGCCAUCAGCUUGCGUGAUGCUGAGUUGGUUCGGCUGGUCUUGUGUCACAGAGACUAUCAGCGCACCAUUAAGAGACUAGCAGGGAUCCCCAGACUACUGGAAAGACUGCAGCAGGCGCAAGACUUUUAUGUAGAGAUGAAAUGGGAGUUUACAAGCUGGGUGCCACUGGUGUCUCGGAUCUGUCCGAGUGAUACAUAUCGAGUAUGGAAAAGUGGCCAGUGCCUUCGAGUGGACACAACACUUAUGGGUUUUGAGCAGAUGACUUGGCAGCGAGGCAACCGCAGCUUCAUCUUCAAGGGACAAGACUCCAGUGCCAUGGUGAUGGAAGUGGACCAUGACAGACAGUUGGUGUUCUGUGAGACACUCCCAUGUCUCUCAUCCUCUCCCUCUUCUCGUCCUCAAAGCACUGCUCUCAGUCUGUUGGGGGUUCUGCAGCCCAGUGAUGAGCAGGUGGCUGCUCGGCUUUCUGCCCCAGUGGUCACAACACAGCUAGACACCAGGAACAUUUCUUUUGAAAGGAACAAGACAGGUAUUCUUGGCUGGCGAAGUGAGAAAACAGAGGUGGUGAAUGGCUAUGAAUCCAAGGUGUACUGUGCCUCCAACGUCGAGCUGAUCACUCGAACACGGACCGACCACCUUGCUGAACAGCACAAAGCCAAACCCAAAAGCAGUAAAACACCACUGCAAUCCUUCCUGGGCAUUGCAGAGCAGCACAUGGGAACUAACAACGGGCAAACAAUGGUGACCCAGAUGUCAUGUCCUGUGAUGAACAGCAGAGUCAUGACAGCUGAGGAAUACUUUAAUCCAAGUCACAACAACAGAGAUAUUGGUCAGCCUUGCCAUCUCACCACCAAAACACAAAGGUUCAAAGCCAAGCUGUGGCUGUGUGAGUCUCAUCCUCUGUCCCUGGCUGAGCAGGUGGCUCCCAUUAUAGACCUCAUGGCCAUCUCUAAUGCCCUGUUUGCUAAGCUCAGAGACUUCAUCACCCUGCGUUUACCUCCAGGCUUUCCCAUCAAGAUAGAGAUCCCCAUCUAUCACAUCCUGAAUGCACGCAUCACCUUUGGGAACCUGAACGGCUGUGAGGAUGGGGGAGUGGGCCGAACAGAAACACACGUGGAUGGACAGAAGGACAGCCCUAGGACAGAGACACCAUCUCCUGGUAGUGACUCCUCCAGCGUAUCAAGCUCCAGCUCGACUAACUCUUGCCAUGGAGGUGAAAUUCCAGCAUCAGUAUUUGAGGCACCACGGGGUUACAGCAUCCUUGGAGGGAACCAGAGAGAGAGCAUGCGUGAGGAGGAGGAUGACCUACUACAGUACGCCAUUCAGCAGAGUCUACUGGAGGCAGGUUCUGAGUACGACCAGGUGACGAUUUGGGAGGCUCUGACAAACAGUAAACCAGGAACCCAUCCUCUGUCAUGUGACCCCAGCCGCCUGGAAAGAACUCCACAGCACAAGACCAGCCCUGAGUCCAGCUCUGGCAGCACACCAACCAACGAGGCACCACAGAGCUAUGAUGAGCAACUACGUCUGGCAAUGGAGCUGUCAGCACGCGAACAGGAAGAGGCAGAGCUCCGGCAGAGACAAGAGGAAGAAGAGCUUCAGCGCAUCAUACAGCUGUCACUCAUGGAGAAGUGACAGGAGUCUGAGCAAGCAAAAAUCAAGGGGCAGGAGAGCAUAUGCAGCAAGAGUCUAUUGAGACCUGCAAUCCUCUCCCCUCCCAUGUUCAGCCUCUCCUCCUCUUCCUCCUCCAGCAGCCGGCUUGAAGCUCAAGGAUCCAACAAUCCACCAGUCACAGAGAUCUGGCUCUGUCCACUUUUUUACAAGUUUACAACCACAAGCUACUCAACUCACUGGCAGUCAAGUGACCGACAUCAAACUCAGAUAGAACUAUUCAGCAAACAUGUACUUUGGGUUUUUUUUUCCAGGCAGAUCAGCAGAACUCACAGCUAUGUCAGGGAUCGCAGCAUCUCUCACCAAGCCAUUUAUUACCCAGAGUUCCUAGAGCACCACUCACACUGAGACUCAAGUCCUCCCACUGAGUACCCAGGGAGAGGGGUUUACAAACCAGUUUUUUAAAAAAACGGAAUUGGAUAAAUUAGGUUUGUUUUUUAUUUGCACAAAAUUCAAUUGCACUCUUCGAGGAAGCAUAAGGAGGCUCUUUAUGCUAAGAGGUGCCCAUUAAUGAAACGUGUACAUGUGAAUGUCUGCCUCACACAGAAGCCAAGUUAGACUGCUGGCAACUACUCGAAAUGCACGAUGGAAACAGCAUGAUCCUGUCUUCAUUUUGGUACCUCAUGUCUACGCAGCUUCAUUUUAUUUAUUUCAAAGUGCAAGAUAUAGUUUUUAAUUGGAAGAUGUGGGACAAGAGUUAAGAAGUGUGAAUAAUAUUGUAUGAAAUUAGCGAGAAGUUGCUGGUCUUUUUCAGGUCAGUAAUUGGGUUAAACCGAAGUGUAAUCAAUAAUAAAUUAGAUCCUCACUGCAAUAUUUAUACUUUGUGUCAUAAACACAAUUUUAAACAGACCAGAAAACAUACAUUAUAGCGUAUGUUUUUCUCAAUAUGGUGCUAUGGUAACGUCAUUUCCGUGUAAAAAAAAAAAAUCUACAGUUUAUUAUUUUCUUUUGGAUUCAACAACUAAGCUCCUUAUCCUUUUCAGUUUCUUUUCUGGCUUCCAUGCAGUGCUUCCUGACCCAGGCCUUCAGAAGCCUUGAGAAUCCUUUGCCCUAAAAUGGCACUGGAGCUCCUGAUUCAUCCAAUCAUUGUACCAACUGUUGAAAGAAGGUCCAAUCAGGUGCGCCAAUGCAGGGAGAAAACAGAAAGGGCUCGUUUCUCUGAUCCAGAUGCAAUCUCAUACUGGACAACAACUACUAUAUCUCGAAUGGAGAAUCUCUAAUCUGAGGUUUUCUCCUCGUUCUGACAAUCUGGGUCUAAGCGGCUGGCGACAAUUGUAUAAUAAUUGCGAAUAAUACUCACAAAAGAUUCCUUUUUAAGCACAAUUUAACGCAAAGCUUGGUGAUAAUAGCCAGUCAAGAAAUGACCAAAGGGCUGUCCAGCAGCGUGGAUCAAUAGAGGGAACAUGUGUAUAUUUAUGUGUAGAGUUAUGAUGAUGAUUAAGCGUAUUAAGAGAGAAGUGAUUAUAAGGAUUCUGUUGUAUAGAAAUGCUUGAUGUGGUUAUCAUUAAUAUUAAACUAACAUAUUCCACUGUUUGUUUGUUUUUUAUUUGCACCGGAUAUGAAUGUGGAGUGUUGCUGUGGUGUCUGUAUGAUGUGAUAGAACUCACUACAGC